AUGACGUGAAAACCAAAAGGAGUAGUGAUAAGAACCAUCCUGGUGACGUCUUGUACAAGAAGAAAAUCAAUAAGAAAAAUGUUUAACAAAAGUCACAAUAAAUGUAUGAUGAAAGACAAAUAUAUAACAGACUGAGCUCGUAGCUUUGCUCAGAAUUUAAGAAAAAGUUUAAACAUUCUAGAACAAAAUAUUGAAGAUCAUUAUACUAUCGGAAAAGUUAUUGGAAUUGGUCACUAUGGAACUGUUCGAGAGGGAUGGAAACUCUCUGACGACUCCAAAGUAGCAAUUAAGGUAUUUGAACUUAAAACAUUACAGAAGACAUUCAAAUCAAUCUGUUGAGAAGUUUCUUCUUUACAAAAAGCCUCUCAUAACAACAUUAUCGAUCUUCACCAAGUCUUUAUGGACGAAACCUGAUGAUACUUGGUUCUAGAAUAUGUAGAAGGAGUUGACCUUUCUGAUUUGAUCAUGGAUGGUUAUGAGUUAAAAGAGAGGGAAGUUAAGUACAUUUUGCAACAGAUAACUUCAACUAUCAACUAUCUUCACUCUAUUCACAUCUGCCACAGAGACAUAAAGUUAGAUAACAUCAUGUUGAAUACUGAUACUUUUGACAUUAAGCUGAUCGAUUUCGGCUUUUCAACAAACUUUAGUGAAGUGGAUCACCUAAACUGUAAAUGUGGAACUCCUUAUUAUGUUGCUCCUGAAGUCCUAAAAGGAAACUAUGGCAAAGAAUGAGACAUGUGGAGCAUCGGCAUUAUGGCAUACUACAUGCUAACUGGGAAUCCCCCAUUUCAUUCAGAAAGUGAUUCUGAAUUAUUCAAUUCUAUUAUGAAGGAUGAAGUUUUAUAUCCUCAAAAGGUAUGGGAAAGUAUCUCUCCAGAGGCAAAAGGCUUUAUUGAGAAACUCUUAAUCAAAGAUCCAAGCAAAAGAAUGACUGCUGAAGAAUCUCUUGAGCAUCCUUGGCUUAGUGAUGAAGACAUAUCAAGCACGGCAAGAUCUAACACUAGGUGUGGAUCAAUUUAA